AAUACAUUCCGUGGAUCUCUCGAACUCUUUAUGUAGAUCGGCAUCUAAAUCCAAACCCAUUCGAUUUCUUCUCCUCUAAUGGUUAUAUAACUUCCAUAUAAUCGAUCUGAUCAUCACUCAUCACUCAUCACUGCAAUCGUUACCAAUGGCGGACCAAAAACCACAGCUCUUUGAACUAAACAAUGGAACAAUCAAGGUUAUGGUCUCUAAUUAUGGUUGCACCAUCACAUCCUUGUUCGUUCCUGAUAAAGACGGAACAUUGGGUGAUGUUGUUCUUGGAUUUGACACUCUCGAACCCUAUCUGAAUGGUUCUGCACCCUACUUUGGUUGCAUUGUUGGGAGAGUUGCAAACAGGAUUAAAGAGGGGAAGUUCACACUCAAUGGGACUGAAUAUUCUCUUCCAAUUAACAAUGGUCCAAACAGUCUCCAUGGUGGGCUUAAAGGAUUUGACAAGGUUGUUUGGGAAGUCGUUGAGCAUAAACAGGGAGACAAUCCAUCAAUAACCUUUAAAUACCAUGCUCGUGAUGGGGAAGAAGGUAAUUGGUAUAAUGGAAUCAGAAAAGGAAUGGAAUGA